AUUCUACAAAGAAGUAACAUUGAAUUAAGAAGACGCUUGAAAUGAAGAUAGGCUGCUGCAAAUUACUAACUGCGACACUCGUACUUACAACAGCAACAGUCGCAGCGAUAUAUUUUAUGCUCAAAUUGUCUUUAGUGGAACAUAGGCUUCAGGUCAAAGCUUCGAAGUUUCGGUAGCAGUGUUAUUUAUUUUUACGGGUUGGAGUUGCUAGCCUCAUGCCCAACCUUCCCUCUUUACCAGUCUUAUUACUGGAUUAGCGAGGCAAAGGAGUGCACCUGUGUCCGAAAAUCGAACCCCGAACCACCUGAGUGGUUGGUGAACAUUCUACCGCUGUGCCACCGACGCUUUCGUUUUAAAUAAAGACAAGAUCUUUUCAUUUAAAAUCUGGUCUGCAAGUUUACAGUCCAUCAUGUGAUCAUUUAUAUUAACUAAUAAAAAUCAACAUAAGACGAACAACACAUCUGCUUACAGUCCUUGUGACGAUUUUUAUCAGUAUGCCUGUGCUGAAUGGGAGAAAAAUAAUAACAUUCCAGAAGACUCAUUUGCGAUAAAUACAUUUACAAAGGCUUAUAUGGAAAUAAACCAGUAUUUCUGGAAAUUAAUGAGCGAUAGAUCUUUUUCUAACAAUGAUCCACAUUUGGAAGACGCUCAAAAGUAUUAUCGGUCAUGUGUUAAUAGGAAGCACACUCCCCAGCAUAAUCAAACACUUCAGGUUCAUCAACUGAUAAAACUUACAUUUGGUGGUUGGGAACUUUUGCCGGAACUCAUUCAGACUACACCAGAAAACGAUACUGUCAAACAGUUCAUGGACAAUUCCAAUUUUACUGAUUGGAUUUUACCAAUAUUAAGCUCAACUGGACGUUCACCUAUGUUUAGCUUGUCGGUUGACUAUACAGGAAAAGUUAUCCGAAUACUGAAAGGUCGCUUUGCAUUCGAUACAUUUAUUUAUGCAUCACAGAAAAAUAGGCAAGAGGCCUUAAGAUAUACGGAGCAAAUUGCAUAUGACCUCGGUGUAUCUAAUACUCAAAAGCAAAAGUUAAAUGAUGCUUUCUUAACGACUCUUGAAUUUGUAAAAGAAGUGUUGAUUCCAUCAAACCCUAAGAAAUCAGAAGAUAAUUAUCCUAUUACAAUAUCAGCAUUGAAGAAUCGCUGUACACAUGUUGAUUGGGAUGUUCUGUUCGAAAAGAUUUUCGGUGAAGCUGGAUUUCCUAGUUACAAAGAAAUGCCAAUACUAAUAAGUGAAGAUGUUAAUUUUGGAAAGAUGUGUUCAAUGUUGGGUGGAUUGCUGAAUUCUAGUCAUGGAAAAAGUAAACUUCAUAACAUGUUAGUGUUGGACUUUUUGAUGGAACAAACCAAGUAUGAAGGUGAAAUGUCCGAAGAAAAUAAUCUCCUACAUCAUGAAGGAUCUGAUACAACCUUUUCAACCCAUUGCAUCGACCGUUUAAGACAAGUAUUUCCAUGGACACUUGAGAAACAUUUCCUAUCGGAUCAUAUAAAUGAAAGUCAAAGAACUGCUGCAUUAAAUUUGAUCGAUGAAAUAAGGCAUACACUGCAUAAUUUAACCUUAAGAGGCAAGUGGUUGGAUAAUGGGGCAAAAGCCAAUGCCAUAGAUAAGAUUUCACGCACAACAGCAAUUGCCUUAUCUGGGAAAAAGGAGGAUAAAUCUACAAUAUAUCAGUAUCCAAUGGAUGAGAACAAUCCUAUACUCAAUGAAUACUAUGCUCGAAAGUCUGAAUAUUUUGAUAUUCUGAAACUAACUCUGUCCUCAGAUGAUACGGACUUUGGUUCAGUAACACCAACUUUCUCUGCAUCAGCUGCUUACAAUAUGCUUGGAAAUCUUAUAACCCUACAUGCUGGACUGAUACGUCCACCAUUUUAUAAUGGAAAAUAUGACACUCCAACCAAAUAUGCAGGGCUGGGUUCAAUAAUUGGUCAUGAAUUUGCACAUGCUGUAGGUAUUUCAGGUACAGUAUACGAUGCGAAUGGCACAAUGUUAGAAGAAUCAAUCGCAGCGCAGAGAUCUAAAGAUGCGUUAAAUCGCACUAAAUGCCUGGGUGACUUUUACAGUACCCACAUUGAUAAAUCUGAGACCUACAAUGCUUUCACUAUAGACGAAAUACUAGCGGAUAAUGUAGGCGUAAAAGCGUCCUAUGAAGCAUUUCAAAAACUGAAAGGAAAUACUCCAGUGAAAAGUGAUCUAAAUUCAGAUUCCUCUCCUACUUCUGAUCAGUUAUAUUUCCUCAAAUAUGCAAAGAGUUUCUGUGGAUAUAUGAGUGAAGAAGGAAUGCUCGAACAUGCUUAUUCAGGUUUUAAGCUACAGAAAAAGGAUAGGGUAAAUGGUGUUAUUUCAAACAGUAAGGACUUUGCAAAAGCGUACAACUGUCCAGUUGGUUCUCCAAUGAAUCCUAGUGAAAAAUGCCAUUUAUGGUAGAUUUUAAAAUUUGAUUUUCAUUCUUUCAACAACAAUAAUGAUGACUCCAUUUCAAACAGCACUUUUAAUACAAUGUCUUUUCGUGAUCAAUGAUGAUUUAAACGACACGUACUUCCAUUCUUUUGAAAUUUUAAGCUAAUAUGUUCAUUAUUGUUACCCAUAUAAUUACAUCUAUUUUGGAUUCUGAAUUCUUCUUGUCCAUAAGAAGUUUUCCGCCCAUGUUAUUUUAAGACCUCAUUAUGCAGAAAUAAAUCAAAAUUGUCCAUAC